GUACUCCCAUUCGAAACUUGGCUGGGGAGCGAACAGAAGCGAAGCGAACCGAAGCGAACGGAUCUGGUGGUGGUGGGGGCCUCGAGCCAACGCGACCGGACUUGUUUCGUUCCCAAGUCGCGGCCGCAGCAGAUCCGCAUCAAAACUCCCGUGCCACCGCCGGUGUUUCGACAGCAAAUCUCUGACACCCUGCCGCCUCGAUCUCAUCAAAACACCUGCUCCGCUUCGCACCCGGAUGGACUCCGCGUCGGCGGCGCUCGACCUCCUCGCGGCGCUGCUCGCCGGCCGGGACCCCGAGGGCGCGCACAACUGGUCCUCCUCGCUCGCCGAGAACCGCCACCUCCUCGUCCUGCUCACCACCUCCCUCGCCGUGUUCGUCGGCUGCGGCGUCGCCCUGCUCGCCCGCCACUCCGCCGCGCCCAGCGCAGCCGCCACCGCCCAGGCGUCGCCGCUCCCGCUCGCCGCCAGGCAACGGGCCGAGCCGGACCCCGACGACGGCAGGCAGAGGGUCACCGUCUUCUUCGGCACACAGACCGGCACCGCCGAGGGCUUCGCCAAGGUUCCUACUGCGCUCGCGGAAGAGGCCAAGGCGAGGUACGACAAGGCCGUCUUCAAGGUGAUCGAUCUGGACGACUACGCUGCUGAGGAUGAGGAGUACGAGGAGAAGCUCAAGAAGGAGAACAUUGCAUUGUUCGUCAUUGCAACCUAUGGUGAUGGGGAGCCAACUGACAAUGCAGCGAGGUUCUAUAAAUGGUUCUCGGAGGGGAAUGAGAGAGGUGAAUGGUUGAGUAAUCUUCGGUUUGCAGUGUUUGGCCUUGGAAACAGACAAUACGAGCAUUUUAACAAGGUUGGAAAGGUGGUUGAUCAGCUCCUCGCAGAACAAGGUGGCAAAUGCAUUGUUCCUCUUGGUCUUGGAGAUGAUGAUCAAUGCAUUGAGGAUGACUUUAACUUGUGGAAGGAACUUCUAUGGCCAGAAUUGGAUAAACUGCUCCGCGAGGAAGAUGAUUCUUCAGCAGCACCAACUCCUUACACAGUUGCUAUUCCGGAAUAUAGAGUUGUGUUUGUCAAACCAGAGGAUGCCAAAUACAUCAACAAGUCUUUUAGUCUCAGCAAUGGUCAUGCUGUCUAUGACAUUCAACAUCCUUGCAGGGCUAAUGUGGCUGUGCGGCGAGAGCUUCAUACACCAGCUUCUGACCGGUCCUGCAUUCAUUUAGAGUUUGAUAUCGCAGGAACUAGCCUCACAUAUGAGACUGGAGAUCAUGUUGGUGUAUAUGCUGAAAACUGCAUCGAAACUGUUGAAGAGGCAGAAAAGCUGCUAGGUUAUUCGCCAGAUACUUUAUUCUCAAUUUAUGCUGACCAAGAUGAUGGUACUCCGCUUUGUGGGAGUUCUUUGCCGCCUCCUUUCCCAUCCCCUUGCACAGUGAGGACUGCACUUACCAGAUACGCAGAUCUGUUGAAUUCUCCUAAAAAGAGUGCUUUACUCGCUUUGGCUGCUCAUGCAUCUGAUUCGAAAGAGGCUGAGCGGCUUAAACAUCUCGCAUCUCCUGCUGGAAAGAAGGAGUAUUCACAAUGGAUAGUCACGAGCCAAAGAAGUCUCUUGGAAGUUAUUUCAGAGUUCCCAUCAGCAAAGCCUCCACUUGGUGUCUUCUUUGCAGCUAUUUCUCCUCGCCUGCAGCCAAGAUACUACUCAAUAUCUUCCUCACCGAGAAUGGUGCCAACAAGAAUUCAUGUGACAUGUGCACUCGUAUAUGGGCCAACCCCUACUGGAAGAAUCCAUAAAGGAGUUUGUUCUACUUGGAUGAAGCAUUCGACUCCCUUGGAAGAGAGCCAAGAAUGUCACUGGGCUCCAAUUUUUGUUAGGCGGUCAAACUUCAAACUGCCUGCUGAUCCUACUGUGCCCAUUAUAAUGAUUGGCCCUGGGACUGGUCUGGCCCCUUUCAGGGGCUUCUUACAGGAGCGAUUAGCUUUAAAAGAGGCAGGGGUGGAACUAGGCCGUGCUAUCCUUUUCUUUGGGUGCAGAAAUCGGAAGAUGGACUUCAUAUAUGAGGAUGAGCUCGAUAACUUUGUUAAUACUGGUGCCCUUUCUGAGUUGAUUGUAGCUUUUUCUCGUGAGGGUCCUACAAAAGAGUAUGUUCAGCACAAAAUGGCACAGAAGGCUCCCGAGCUUUGGAGCAUUAUUUCUCACGGCGGUUAUAUUUAUGUCUGUGGUGACGCGAAGGGCAUGGCUAGAGAUGUGCACCGCACACUGCAUACAGUUGUUCAGGAGCAGGGGUCUUUGGAUAACUCGAAGACAGAAAGCUACGUGAAGAGCCUACAGAUGGAAGGGAGGUACUUGAGAGAUGUUUGGUGACAUAUCCCGCCCUCAUGAAUCCAUGCAUCCUUAGGCAAACGUUUGAAGAUCAGAGAACACAAGUUCUGCCUCAACUGGGAUCUGUUUGGUGUGGGGAAUAUACACUAGCAGUAGGAUUUUCAGAUUGAUAUUGAAUUGAAAGCACAGCAGGGUUGUUUAUACAUAGGACUGCAGCAAGCUAUUAAUUUCAUAUUUUACAAGA